CCUUUGAUGACGUAGCACUUCCGUGUUGUAGAACGCGGAUGUCUCAGUCUUUUCUCACCGCCGAACGGCUGUCAAACUGGAUACAUGGAUUUAUUGGCGCCCAUGCGUCUGUACACUCUGUCCAAAAGGCAUUUUGUGUUGGUCUUCGUGGUGUUCCUUGCUUGUUUCGGACUCACAGUCUUGAUUGGAAUUGCAGGUCCCAAGAUUCUUUCCGAGCAGAUGCACAAUGGGGAUCAGUUCCUUGCCAAGAACGUCUCAGUUAAGACUGGACCUUUCAAUUUGAACUCCCCACCUCUAACCACAUAUCAUCAGCAGUUGUGGCUCACUUGUGUGAUGCAGGCUGAACACAAUAACGUGGUCGACUUCCAGCAGCCUUUCGAGAUCAAUGUGGAGCUGAAGGGCGUGAUGCAGGACGCCAGCGUGACGCCCAUCAACAGCGUACACCGCAAAUCAAGAACGCUACACUGCGGCGAGAAAUGCGACGAGAUUAUCGUGCUGCAUCUAGGCUUCUUAAACUACAACCAGUACCAGGUCAAGGUGGGCUUCAAGGGCCUUGAAAACAUCACUUACAAUCUUAGGGUCAAUUUUGUGUGGAAAACCUACAAUCCUACCUUUUCCCAAGUGGAGAUCUGGUUCCGCUUUGUCUUCGUGGUGUUGACAUUCACGGUUACGUGUCUCUUCGCGCACUCCUUGAGAAAGUUUUCCAUGAGGGACUGGGGCAUUGAGCAGAAGUGGAUGGCCAUCUUGCUGCCUCUGCUGCUGCUUUAUAAUGAUCCAUUUUUUCCACUCUCCUUCCUGGUGAACAGCUGGGUUCCAGGGAUGCUAGAUACCUUCUUUCAAGCCCUUUUCCUAUGCGCCCUGCUGCUCUUCUGGCUCUGUGUCUACCACGGCAUCCGGGUGCAGGGCGAGAGGAGAUGUCUCACCUUCUACCUGCUGAAGCUGGUCAUUGUGGGCCUUCUGUGGCUCUCAGCCGUCACGUUGGGCAUAUGGCAGACGGUCAAUGAACUCCAAGACCCCACCUACCAGUAUAAAGUGGACAUACACAACUUUCAGGGCAUGAAGGUGUUUUUCCUGUUGGUGGUCAUCCUGUACAUCCUGUAUUUGAUCUUCCUCAUUGUCCGAGCUUGUUCAGAACUCAAGAACAUGCCCUACUCAGACCUGCGGCUAAAGUUCUUGACAGCGCUGACAUCAGUGGUGCUCGCCAUAAGCUUGGUCAUUCUCUACUUGAGGUUUGGUGCCAAGGCCCUUCAGGACAACUUUGUGGCCGAGUUGUCCACCCACUAUCAGAACUCAGCAGAGUUUUUGUCCUUUUACGGCCUCCUCAAUUUCUACUUGUACACAUUAGCAUUCGUCUACUCUCCCUCCAACAACGCCCUUUAUGACUCCCAGCUGAAAGAUAAUCCUGCUUUCUCCAUGCUGAACGACUCGGACGACGACGUAAUCUACGGGAGCGAUUUUGAGGAAAUGCCUUUACAAAACGGACGUGCAAUUAAAGCAGCCGCCAACUUCCAGGACGAGAGCGACAGCGACUGAUUGGGCUCGGGUGGGAAACGCACAGAAAAAUAUAUCAAGUGUAAAUAAGAAGUAUUUUCCACGCUGGAAGUGUACAUAAACAUAUUUUUUUUAAAAAGGACCACUUUUCCAGAAUGUACUGUAAUUUCACUGGAUAUAGUGGCAUGUCACCACUUAAAACUUUCUUUUUCAUUCACCACCAGCAUUUCUUCAUUACUUGGGAGUAAUAGGGCCACUCUAUCCAAUUACUGUCCAAAACGUUUUUUUUUUGUUUUUUUUACAUUUUAAAUGGAAAAAACAAACUUAUUUCCUCAAGAGGAAACUCUUUCUUGUAAUAUUUUACUUGUUUAAUUUUGUUCUUUAGUUGAUUAAUUCUUUGUUACAGCAUAAUCAUUAAAAUAUAUACUUUUUAAAAUUUUUAAUGGAAAAACACAGACAUAUUUCCUUAACAGGAAACACUCUUUCUUGUAAUAUUUUACUUGUUUAAUUUUGUUUUUUAGUUUAAUUAUUUGUUACAGCACUAUCAUUAAAAAAAUUAUGGAAAAACAGAUGUUUUAAAUAAGGAGCAAAAAUGUUUUCUUUCAAAAAAAAUUUAAUUUUUUUUUUUUACUUCUCGUAAAUUCAAAAUGUUGUAAAUUACAGUUCCAUAAAAUAUAUACAUUUUUGUCAUAAAAUGACAAACUACAAUAAUUUCAUUUUAUUUUUGUAAAAUUGUUUCUCAUACCUUUUCUGGUAAUAUAAUUUUGGAUUUUAUUCUUUGAUAUCUUUUUUUUCUGAUAAAAGUAUCACUUUUUAGUAAUUACCUUUAUUCUUCUAAUAUUUAUUUCUCUUCAUAUUCUUAACUGCAUUUUAUUAUUACUUUCUCUCUAAAGUGGCCCUUAUUCUCCUCCAAAACACUUAAAAUGGAGUUAAAAAGGAAAAAUGCUAAUGUUACCCAGGGAAUUUUUUGCCCUUAUUUGUAGAGACAAUCUCUAGUUGUUAUGCUUUGAGUUAAACUACUGAUAUCUCUGUACUGUUGGUCAUUCCAAGCUGCUGUGUAAGCGAAAGAGAAUACCUGAUUGUUGGAAUUAAAAAGCAGCGGCCGUGUCUGAACUUUAAAAUCAUGUGAAGUGCCAAAGCUGUGUUUAUAAGCCAAAUGUGUGCUUGAUAUGUAAAAAAUUAUGAAGGCUGUUAAAAACAUUUUUUGAAGGCAGUAUCUUUUCGUGAAGACAUUUUUGUAAUUGCACUUGUGUAGGUUUUAUUUAGUUAGAAAACGAUUAUACUGUAUUGUUUAUCCACUACUGAAGUAUGUAACUAUUUCUUACAUAAUUAUGGUGAAACCACUGGCCAAACAUCUUUGCCUUUAUAUUUAAUGUAAUAUUAAUAUAUUAUCAUAUUAACAUGUGCCACCCUUUGUUUUGUCAAAAGUUUACAAGGAGCCAAAACAAACGUGUAUUGUACAUCAACUUGGUGCCUUUUCUUGACAUACAUAACACUUCCUUUUUCGGAGUCUACUUAUUGACAAUGAACAGGUGUUUCAAGUGAACACAGCCUUCAAAGGUUUUAUGAGAUUGUGGGUCCU